AUGACGGAACACAAGUCGGUCGCCAUUGUUGGUGCGGGCAUCUUUGGCUUGUCCUUGGCCGUGGCCCUGAGCAAAAGAGGACAUAUCGUGACUUUAUUUGAUAGAUAUCAAUACGACGAGUCUACGUACGCACCCGAGCACGAUCCCGACGUCCAAGCUGCCUCGGUCGAUCACAACAAAAUUUUCCGAGCUUCAUAUGGAACCAAGAUCCAUUACCAACGUCUUGCACUCGAGAGCCGUCGCGCGUGGGAAGCGAUCAACGAGACCACACACAACGAGAGUCCAUCUUCACCCCUCUUCAAUGCAUGUGGAAUGCUUCGCGUUCAACCGACCGCCCAGCUCGGCGCCCUAGAACGCGAAACCUUAAGUAACAUGGAGCGUGAUGGAAUCAGAGAUACCCAGUUCGUCAAGAGUAGCCCUGAAGAUUUGGAACGUGCUCGAGAGCGUGGUUGGGAUCAAAAGCUCCUUACCUUCAACAUCCCGGAUACGUCGCCGCAGGAAACCUUUGAAGCAGUCUUGGACUCGCUUGCCGGUUUCAUGCAAUGUAGUCGAGCAUGUGCCUACUUUUAUCGAAGAGCCGUUACUCUGGGUGUCGCAUUUCACUUUGGUCCAGAAAAGGGCGCCUUUGACGGUCUGGUCGAGGAGACUGCCGGCGAGUCUAGGAAGGCAAUUGGACUGAAGACCAAGGACGGCAUUUUCCAUAAGAGUGACAUUACAGUCAUUGCGGCGGGCUCAUUUUCGACGCAACUGUUGCCAGAACUGUCGUACCACAUCGAAUCUUCGGCCGGCAGCGUCGUCACGUACAAAGUAUCCCCGACCGAUACAGAGCUAUGGGAGAAAUACUCGCCCGAAAAGUUCCCUGUCAUCACGUGGAAAUGUGCCCCUCGCGAUAAGCAAGGAAAAGACACUGGGAGCGUUUACGUGUUUCCUCGGACGCCUGAGGGCCUGAUCAAGAUUGGAUACCGCGGUAUCAAGUUCACCAAUUUCCAGCCAGCUCCUCCAGAGUGCGGCUUCACCCAGGAUGGGAAAUGGUCAGUUCCCUUGUCACCCAAAGAGUCUCGUCUUGUUCCAGAGCCUGCUAGAGAGGCCAUUCAGAGGUUUGUAUCCAUUUUUCUGCCCGAGUUUGAACAUCAAAACUUCUUCUCGACCAAACUCUGUUGGUACACGGACACUCUAGACAACUCCUUUCUGAUGGACUACGUCCCCACAUAUGCCGAAAACUCAGUCUUCGUCUGCACAGGUGGAAGUGGACAUGGGGCCAAGUUCCUUCCUGUUCUUGGAGAGCAUGCAGCCGACAUUCUAGAGCAUGGGGAUGAAAGUACCUCGUACAUGCGCCCCCAUUGGCGAUGGCGCGAAGACGCACGUAGGGGCAACGGGCUGGAGGAGGGUCCAAAUGGGCCACGGAAUGUUGGUAGAGGCUAG